GUCCCGGGAAUCCUCGGGCAGCUGCGGUCGGGUCCGGCGGGGUCCCGGAGACCCCUCGACUGGAGCUCAUGGAACAAGACUCCAAAGACUCGGCCCAGAGCACCAGCACCUCGUCCAGCUCCGAAACCAAGCAGGAGUACAGCGACAACAAGGGCUUCGGGAUUGGCGAGCUGGUCUGGGGGAAGAUCAAAGGCUUCUCGUGGUGGCCGGGGAUCGUGGUGACGUGGCGAGCCACCGGCAAGCGGCAGGCCAGCCACGGCAUGAGGUGGCUGCAGUGGUUUGGGGACGGGAAGUUCUCUGAGGUUUCUGCAGACAAGCUGGACUCCCUCACCGCCUUCCCCAAGUUCUUCAGCCAGGCGUCCUACACCAAGCUGGCCUCGUACCGCAGGGCGGUGUUCCAGGCGCUGGAGAUGGCGAGCAUCCGAGCAGAGAAAACGUUUCCUCCCUGCAAGUCGAACAGCCCAGAGGACCAGGUCAAGCCCAUGCUGGACUGGGCCAAUGGGGGCUUCCUGCCCAAAGGAGAGGAAGGACUGAAACCCACACACAGCGCCAACAGUAACCCUCUGGAGCACCACGUCCUCGACGUGUCCCUGUCCGAGUACUUCCCCAGCGCAAAGCGGCCCAAACUCAGCCUGUGUAAGAGCAAGGCCGCCCCCGAGGAGCUGUGCAACAGAGAACAAAUGGUGAAUGAAGUCCUGAAGAAUAAAAGAAGUGUUGAAGAGUUUUGUCUCUCUUGUGGGAAGACGAGCGCGACCUUCCACCCGCUGUUUGAAGGAGGCUUGUGCCCAACAUGCAAGGACGUGUACCUGGAGAUGUCCUACAUGUACGACGACGACGGCUACCAGUCUUACUGCACCGUCUGCUGCGGCGGUCGAGAGGUUCUGCUCUGCGGCAACGUGAACUGCUGCAGGUGUUUCUGCGUGGACUGUCUAGACAUCCUGGUGGACCCGGGUGCGUCCGACCAGGCGCGCUAUCUAGACCCGUGGCGAUGCUACAUGUGCCAGCCGCUGCUGCGGUACGGCGUCCUCAAACGACGCCACGACUGGAGCCUCAAGCUGCAGGAGUUCUUCGCCAACGAUAACGGACAGGAGUUUGAGAAACCAAAGAUUUACCCAGCAGUCCCUGCAGAGCAGAGACGACCAAUCAGAGUGCUGUCCCUGUUUGACGGCAUUGCCACAGGCUACCUGGUCCUGAGAGAUCUGGGUUUUAAGGUGGGUCAGUAUGUGGCGUCGGAGGUGUGCGAGGACUCCAUCUCAGUGGGCGUCGUCAGGCAUGAAGGAAAGAUCAAGUACGUCCACGAUGUGAGGAACAUCACCAAGAAGAAUGUAAGCAGGACAACGUCCGUGUGAAUUUCUGCUUUGUUGUAUUUUCAGUCUGAUGUUUCAAAUUUACUGAAAUAAAACCAGUGAAACAGAAUCAGUCUGCUGCCCCCUGCUGGGCUGUGAAGGUGGUGCGACAGCUACAAGAGGUUAUUUACA